UGCUCAUUGCGCAUUGGAAGCCAUGUUGGAGCUACAGUGGAUUCGGGCUGGGAUUUUCUGACGCCGUAUGUUUUUCUUAAAAUAUCUGUUUUCAUACAUUGUUGGGGUCCGUCAACCGUGCGCGAUCGGCGCCGUAAACGGCAGUGGAAAUGAUGAACUCCAGUGUCGACCUGUCCCGGCGGAAUCCGCAGGAGGAUUUCGAGCUGAUCCAGAGGAUAGGAAGCGGCACUUACGGGGAUGUGUACAAGGCUCGUAAUGUAAACACAGGGGAACUGGCUGCUAUCAAAGUCAUCAAACUGGAACCGGGUGAGGACUUUGCUGUUGUCCAGCAGGAGAUUAUAAUGAUGAAGGACUGUAAACACUCCAAUAUCGUGGCCUAUUUUGGCAGUUAUCUCCGGAGAGAUAAGUUAUGGAUCAGUAUGGAGUACUGUGGGGGAGGCUCUCUGCAGGAUAUCUAUCACGUAACCGGGCCUUUGUCAGAGUCACAGAUAGCCUACAUGUCACGAGAGACCCUGCAGGGUUUGUACUAUCUACAUAAUAAAGGAAAAAUGCACAGAGACAUCAAGGGAGCCAACAUCCUCCUGACAGACAACGGCUAUGUUAAACUAGCUGACUUUGGGGUGUCAGCCCAGAUCACAGCAACUCUAGCCAAGAGGAAAUCAUUCAUUGGAACUCCUUACUGGAUGGCUCCAGAGGUAGCAGCAGUGGAGAGGAAAGGAGGUUACAACCAGCUGUGUGAUAUCUGGGCUGUGGGCAUUACUGCAAUAGAGCUGGCUGAACUACAGCCACCUAUGUUUGACCUGCACCCCAUGAGGGCUCUCUUCUUAAUGACCAAGAGUAAUUUCCAGCCUCCUAAGUUGAAAGAUAAGCUUAAAUGGACAAACAACUUUCACCAUUUUGUCAAGCUAGCUCUGACCAAGAACCCAAAGAAGAGGCCCACAGCUGAGAAGCUGCUGCAGCACCCCUUUGUGUCCCAGCCUCUCAGCAGGACGCUGGCGAUAGAGCUGCUGGACAAAGCCAACAAUCCUGACCACAGCACCUACAACGACUUUGAUGAUGACGACCCUGAACCGGAGUCUCCGGUCUCUGUUCCUCACCGCAUUCGUUCCACCAGCAGGAGCACCAGGGAAGGAAAGACGUUGUCAGAGAUUAACUUCGGUCAGGUGAAGUUUGAUCCUCCGUUGAGAAAGGAGACAGAACCCCAUCAUGAACCGCGUGAAUCUGAGCCCUAUCUGGACUGUGUUGAGGAGCUCUACUAUACCGCGAGAUCUAAUCUGGACUUGCAGUUGGAGUAUGGGCACGACUCACCAAGUCUACUGGGAGGAAACAAGAGUCUUCUCAAAUCUGUGGAGGAGGAGUUACAGCAAAGGGGCCAUGUGGCACACUUAGGGGAUGAUGAGGAUGAGGAUGAUGAUGGUGCAGAUGAUGAUGAAACUCACACUCAUAAAUCAAGCACUAUCAUGAGACCAAAGGUCCCACCCCCUCUUCCUCCCAAGCCCAAGUCCAUCUGCUCGUCCCAGCAGCAGCAACAGCAAAAACAAGACGAUAGCCAAUCACACAGCGAGGACGACGGUGGAGGGGGAGGGACCAUCAAACGCUGUCCAGUUCCAGAGACGCCGAGCCCCGCCAAGCCCGCCUCCAACGUCCCCCCGCGGCCCCCGCCCCCGAAGCUGCCGCCCCACCGCCGCAGCAGCCUAGGUAACGAGAGCUUGAAGUGCACGGACGUCGAAAACUCUGCCCCAGAGGAUGAUGGGAGCUUUAGGCAUUUCUGGGAAUGGCUCCACACGCCUCACACAGAGGAGGAGCUGGAGGAGGCAUGGGAGGUGCUGAAGGAGGUGAAAGAGGAGCAGGAAAAAGAGGAGGAAAAGGAAGAGAGCAAUGGGCUGAACUCUUCACACAAUGGAGAGAGAGAUAGUCCAGCAGACAGACAGUCCACCAUGCCCCCUAGUGUCCCUAUACGGAAAGACAAGAAGGAUGUUCCGAAGCCAAUCAGUAACGGCCUCCCGCCUACACCCAAAGUCCAUAUGGGUGCGUGUUUCUCCAAGGUGUUCAACGGCUGCCCUCUGAAGAUCCACUGUGCCACUUCCUGGAUCAACCCUGACACCAGAGACCAGUAUUUGAUAUUCGGAGCUGAAGAGGGAAUUUACACACUAAACCUUAACGAGCUGCACGAGACAUCGAUGGAGCAGCUCUUCCCUCGGCGGUGCACCUGGCUGUACGUCAUGAACAAUUGUCUUCUCUCCAUAUCUGGAAAAGCCUCCCAGCUGUACUCUCAUAAUCUGAGUGGUCUAUUCGAACAGGCCAGACAGUUACAGAAGUUACCAGUAGCCAUUCCCACACACAAACUGCCUGAUAAGAUGAUUCCCAGGAAGUUUGCUGUGUCCAAUAAAAUUCCAGACACUAAAGGGUGCCAAAAGUGCUGCGUAGUUCGCAACCCGUACACAGGCCAUAAGUACCUGUGUGGAGCCUUUCAGUCCAGUGUCAUGCUGUUGGAGUGGGUGGAGUCCAUGCAGAAGUUCAUGCUCAUCAAGAACAUCGACUUCCCGUUGCCAUGUCCGUUGGAGGUCUUUGAGAUGUUGGUGGUCCCGGAGCAGACUUACCCUCUGAUCUGCGUGGCGGUCAGUAAAGGAACCGAGCUCAACCAGGUGGUCAGGUUCGGCACCGUCAACCCCAACUCUACCUCCUCUUGGUUCACAGAAGCAGACACACCACAAACGUGUGUGAUCCACGUCACGCAGCUAGAGAGAGACACUAUCUUAGUCUGCCUCGACAGAUGUAUAAAGAUAGUGAAUCUCCAGGGAAGAUUGAAAUCCAGCAGGAAGUUGUCAGCUGAGCUCACCUUCAACUUCCAGAUCGAAUCCAUAGUUUGUCUCCAAGACAGCGUGCUGGCCUUCUGGAGGCAUGGCAUGCAGGGACGGAGUUUCAAGACCAAUGAGAUCACCCAAGAGAUCUCUGACAGUACACGCAUCUUCAGACUACUGGGAUCGGACAGAAAUGCUGACUGUAGAGAUCCAGGGGACAGAGGCCUCGCUCUGCCCAGGGUGGUGGUGCUGGAGAGCCGGCCUACAGACAACCCAACAGCCCACAGCAACCUCUACAUCCUGGCAGGCCAUGAAAACAGCUACUGAGACACACAUAUACACACACGCACACGCACACGCACACACACACACAAAUAAACACACUCUUUAAACAGCCUACCACUAAUGCAAAUGAGGGGGUGAGCAACCGGGAGACACACUCACCCCAACCAUACCGCUAACUCCCCCCCCCCCCCACAACAUCACCCACCUUCUCACCCGGGCCUGUCUGCGAGUGUGACUGGGAGACGAGCAGUUCAUGGGUGCAGAUGGUGGAUUUCCAGUUCAUUCAAAAUGCGCCGCAGUGUUACAUGUGUGUCAGUUAAGCGUGUUGUAGAACGGCAGUGGGUUGUUGACCAGUUUCUUGACAGGGCGAGGGUUUAAAAAAACGCCGGUCUGAGGCCAAGAUUUCGCUCAUAAAGGUUGAAUUUGUGUAGAAAUAGUCUGAAAGUCUGAUCUCUUCUCUGCACCGUUUAAGAGCGACUUCAACCUAGAAUCCUUCUCGAUACCACCCACCUUCCCCUGCACAAUGCAUACUGGGAAAACCGCAUCCAGCACAGAAGUUUGACUUCAACACUACUUCUACUACUAGUUCUACACAUACUACUACUACUGCUACUGCUACUAGCGCUAGAGCUUCACAGAAGAGCCAUCUUGCACAGAAAACCUUCCCUUCAUUGUUCUUUCCUGUCUCCUCUUUCCUUUCUUCCCUUUUUUUUUAAAAAACUACACCUUUAUUUAUUGUGGCAUGAUGUAACUUUAACAACCAGGAUGGCUUUCCUGUUUUAUGUGUUUAAAAAAAAAAAAAAAAAAAAGGA